UCAGAAGUGGCAAAGGAGACUUGACAGAAAAAAAAAGUUUUAGUUUUAACUUUAAAAACAAGUGAAUUUUUCAAAACGCUAAUAUGUUGAAAUUAUCAAUAUUAAUUCUUCUCUAUAAAUUGACAAGUGUACUGUGCAAUUAUGAGACAUUACCAAAAAUUAUUAUGAUACCAAAUGGCGUAGAACCAAAAAUUUGUGUAUCCGUAAAAAAUCGCGAUCUUCCACCAUGUAUUAAUGAAUUUAAGGAACAACAGAAAAAAUUUUCAUAUCAAAUUAGCAAAAUUAGAGAAAGUUAUUCCGACAUGAUUAUUGAUUAUAAAGAUCCAAAAAAUGAAAGUUUUGAAAAUUAUGGACCCGGUAAGAUUUAUUUAAAAAGUUUUGAAUCAUUAAAUCGUGAAUUAGAAGAAGAGGAAAGACAAAGAUUAUUAAAACAACAAGAAAAUGCAUCGAAAAACAAGGAAAAUAAUUUAAUUACCAAUAGACCUGAAUUUGCCCAAAAAGAAGAAGAGGAAUUAAAAAAAUUUAUGCAUUCAGCCAUUAUGAAGCAAGAUGAUUCAAUUGAUAAUAUAUCCGAAGAGAUUGAAGAUCAAAGGGAAGAAGAAACAUUCGAGGAUUUAAAUUCAAAGAUAUUUGAAGAUGAUGAUGUUAAUGAUGAUAAUGAUGAUAAUAAUGAUAAUGACGAUGAUAAUAAAGAUGAAAAUAACAAUGAUAAUAAUAAUUAUGAUAAUAAUUAUAAUAACAAUUAUAAUAAUAAUAAUUACAACAAUUAUGAUAAUAAUUAUAAUAAUAAUUAUAAUGAUGAUAAUGAUAAUAAUGAUGAUGAUGAUGAUCUUAAUAACGAACCAACAAUUAUACAAAUUACUAGACCUGUUCGCUCAUUGGAUACGACAAUAUUAAUUGCUGAUGAAUGUAUUCCCAUUAAUGUUAAAAUUUGUGAUUCUACAGAUCUAAUUGCUGACGAUGAAAAAAGAAAAACAAGAAAACAAAAAAGAAGUAUUCCAUCUAUUAAAGAUUUUUUUAAAACUUUCCCUCGACACAAAAUAAAUCACAUUGAUAAAAAUCAUUCUCAACGUAAAAAUUUAAUGAAGAAAAAUUUUUACAACACAGUGAACAAUAAAUUGGAAAAUAAAUAUAGAAAGCCAAAAAUUGUGAAUUUAUUGAAUAAAUUUAAAAAAAGAAAAUAAAAGCUGCUUAAUGGAUUUAUCACUAGGGAAAUUUUUAAAGAAGAUAUAUAAUGACACGAGAUAAAAAGGGAGAUAUUCAAAUAAUGUGCAAUUUUCUAAUGCAAAGGAUAUCAUUAUUUUCAAAGUAGAUUGAAUAACUAAAUAUGCACUCAAUUGACUCAUGGAGGGAACGGAAGUGAGGUCUGCGCGCGAACUUUUGAAAUUAGAAUGCAAGUCUACGAAUGAAGUUCAUGUCGUCAAUAUAUUAUAAUUUAUAUUUUAUUUUUUAACAAAAAUUGUAACAAAGAAUUUAAAAAAAAAUUAUUUAUAAAUAUGAGCAAAUGAAAAAAAAAUUAUAUAUUUAUACAAAAAAAUAUAUAGAACUACUAAAUAAAUAAACAAAUUAUUUAAAAAUA